AUGAGAACAGCUAUUCUGUAUGGUGCUGCCAUGGCUUCGGGUGCUCUUGAUGGUAUCCUGACUUAUGGUAUCUCACACAUGAAAGAUAUCGGUGGUUUGAAACCUUGGCAAUGGACGUUUUUGCUCGAAGGUUCACCGAUCAUCCCACUUGGUAUUAUUACCUACCUUUUCCUUGACAAUAUACCCAAUGCUGUUCAAUGGUUAAAUAAUAUGGAGAAGCAACUAUUGACAAAUCUUCUUCGAAACGAUGCCGGUGUAGCUGACAGUGAGUCCACUUCGGGUACUCGAUUUUCAUGGCUACAAGUUCGUUAUGUUUUCAUCGAUUGGCGAAUCUAUUUCUAUGGCCUGAUUAAUAUUGGCAAUGCAACCGUUCUCAUCUAUAGAGAAGUUGAUAAACCGGCCUAUCGUCGUGGGCAUUUGAUCUGUGCUGGAAUGACGGCCGGCAGUUUGAUUCUUACUAUUAUUUUACGCAUUUGUUUAAUGAGAGAAAAUCAUCGACGAAAAAAUUUAUCACCAGAGGAGUAUGCACGUGAAGCAGCUGUCAAAGAACCCUGUGAUUGGGUGAGUUAA